UCGUCAGUGUACGACAGCUCGGAGACUACGAAACUCUCUCUCUCGCACGGGUACCGGUCGUCUUUUGUACCCGACAUACUUGGUCUUCGUACGUCGUGUUCACCGGCUGUCUUUUAUUCUCAACUUUUCAUUUAUCGUCCGAGUAUCAUCUCGAUUCGCAUACGAAACUCGUAAUCGCGUCGUUUAUAAGUGAGAAAACGUUAACACGCGCGAAUAUUCAGCAGCAUGUCGACGCAAGUGCAGGGCACCCUUCUCGACGUGCUAAAGAAGAAAAUGAAGCAGACCAAGGAGGAAAUGGAGAAGUAUAAGGACGAGUGCGAGGAGUAUCAGAAGCGGCUGCAGGUGGAAGUGAUCCGCCGCGAGGAAGCUGAGUCCGAAGUAGCCGCUCUGAAUCGCCGUAUCCAGUUGUUGGAGGAGGACCUCGAGAGAUCGGAGGAACGCCUGGCAACUGCCACUGCUAAAUUGGCAGAGGCGUCGCAGGCCGCGGAUGAGAGCGAACGGAUACGCAAGGCACUCGAAAACCGUACCAAUAUGGAAGAUGACCGGGUGUCCCUGUUGGAGCAACAGCUAGCACAGGCUAAACUGAUCGCCGAGGAGGCGGAUAAAAAAUACGAGGAGGUCGCCAGAAAACUAGUCAUGAUGGAGCAGGAUCUCGAGCGUGCCGAGGAGAAGGCGGAACUUUCGGAAGGGAAGAUCGUCGAGCUCGAGGAGGAACUGCGCGUGGUUGGCAACAACCUGAAGUCCCUCGAGGUCUCCGAGGAGAAGGCGACGCAAAGAGAGGAGACUUUCGUGGGCCAAGUGAAGAUAUUGGAUAGUCAAUUGAAAGAGGCUGAAGCCCGUGCCGAGUUCGCAGAAAGAUCCGUGCAGAAGUUGCAGAAGGAGGUCGACAGGCUCGAAGACGACCUUGCCGCCGAGAGAGAAAAAAACAAAUUGCUCCAGGAGGAGAUGGAGGCCACCCUGCAUGACAUCCAGAACAUGUAGAUCGUGUCUCGCGGCCGACAGAAACACGAGAGAAAACGAGAAAAGAUAUAACGAAAAACAGAGAUGUUGAAACAAAAGCAUACGCAGAGAUAGUAGGGUACGAUUCCUUCGGGGAUUAAAAGGAACAAACAGAGAGGGGAAAAAGCAAACUAAAUAAACAAACAAACGCAUAGAACACGGAUUCGAAAGGGGGUGAGGGACACGGAGGACAAACGUACGUCGAUUGUUAGGGGGUCGGGGUGGGGGGUGGAAAAUGGAAAACUAUCGUUGAAAACAUGAUAUACGCUGUGCGACGCGAGCGCUUUUGUGUGUGGUGCACACUAUUAACGUUUACCGAACGAGAAAAGAUACAAGAAAAUCCGCAAAAAAAAAAAACUCAUGCAGUCUCUAUUAGGCUAGACUCACGCAUCUCCCAUUGUAACGCCCAUCUCAGCAGGCGCCCCGGUUGCGCACUUCUUUUUCGUCUGUACGCCCGUGUACGCGUGUGUGUGAUUCGUGCAUGUGUGUGUUUGCUGCUGUUGCUGUCGCUACCGUUGCGUGUGUACGUGUGCGUGUGUUGCGCGCGCGAGAAAUCCAGGGAGACUAGACGACAUUUUUAGGUAGGGAAAAGAAGAAACGACGAUUCGAGUAUAAAGUGCAAAGUAUAAAGAGGAGGUAGGGUGUGCGGUUUGUCAAAGGGACACCAAGUUUUGCUUCCCUUUGCCUUACCGUUUCUUUUCCUUUCGAGUUUUUCUUCUGUCUACCCGACCGAGUUGAUUUCUCCAUUUUUUUUUUUCUUUCUUCUUUGUUUCCUUUCUUUUCUUUUUCUUUGUUCCCCCUUCCAUUAACGCUGUGUUUCGCCCCUGCUCGAAUUAGCGAGAUUAACAUCGCCGUGUUCGACCGAGUGCUUUUUAAUCGCCACUCCGAAGCAGUGUGAACAAACGACCAGCGUUACGGAGGAUGAUGAGAGGAGAUAGGAAACAGAGAGUAAAAGAGAGUCGAUCGAAGCGUGUACGUCGAGGAAGAAUUUUCAAUCGAGUCUGUCAAGUAUUUUCUACCGGUCUCGACCCGCGAUCGCGUGUCGUGGUCUCGGGCAAAAUUCGAUCCUCUGCGGUUCAUAUCCGGCCCAAUUCGAUUGCCAACCGAUCGCGUGUAGCGUUCGACAGACGUCGCGUGAUCUAUAUCGUCCUGCAUCUCGGAAUAACGUAUUUUCCUCGAAAUACCAAUCUUCCGUGUCGCUGUGAUUUUCUUUCCAAAUUCCUAGUGGUCAUGGUGGUUAUCUAGCGAUCAUAGUCUUACGGAAAAUGUAACUUUUGCGACAAUCCGUGUGAAAAAUUCUUACAGACGUAUUGGAACGUUGCUGUAAAGAAUGUUUGAUCGAUUCGAGCUAGGAAAACGAGGAAAUUUCUCCUCGACGUAGAAUCGCGUUGUGAGAUGGUCAACUGGGAAAGGGACGAGCAAGCAUCGCUCGUUGCUUUUCGUCGUUUACAUUCCAUAUUCCCCGGGGUUCAGCGUGAACAAGAAACGUUCCUGGCCUUCCAUGCUCGUUCGCUCACUGGUGAUAAUCUUAAACGCUUCUAAGAAACGCUCACUGCCAGCCAGGUGACCCCUUCGAGGAACAAAUCCAAGAUUAUACUCGUAUUCGUACAUGACCUAGCUGAGAAAAGGAUAAAGUUAACGUAAUUAAAACUUAGAGCUUAACGAGGUAAACGCGGUAAUGAAUAGGAUGAUAUAUCUAAUAGAGCGCAGUUUAAUAUAUAACGCAAUGUUUGUAUAUUUAUAAUCUAAUUCGUAUAUACGACACGAUGGUCCAAUUGAAAGAGGAGAUUCUCUAUAAAUAAAUACUUAAGGUAGAGCCCUAUAUAUAAAACCCUUGGCGAAUUCUUCGAAGAAUUUCUAUUUGUUCUAUUCGAGUUUAAUUGUUCGAGAAGAAUUGCCUUCUUCGAUUUCCCACCACGCGUUUUCGAGUACCGAUCAUGUAGCAAUGAGAAAUCGUCUAGGAAAGCGAGAUUCCAGUUAUAUAAAUCGGAUAAUCUCGGGAAUCUUCCUCGUGAGAAAGGGCGAACUUGCACUUUAAUUAACGCAGCAAUUGUUAGCGAGGAAAAUACGAGCAACACGAAAAUCGCGUGCGUUCUUCUCGUUCACGCUGAGCCGCUCGAUGUUUACCGAUCGUGCCUGGAUUCACCUGUUAUAUUAACGAUCGUUGCCUGGCCAAUCGCGAACUUCGAUUCACAAAAGCAAAACGGAAAGAGAAAGAAAGAAGAGGAAAGGAAAGAGACAUAGGGACGAGAGAAUUUCCAUUUCGCAUAACUUCACCUUGCAAUCGUUCAUCGCCGCUGUUAAUUAAUACCGUUGCUACAUACAUAUUAGGACCGCCUUGGUCUAAAGGCGAGUCGGUAACUCCGCGUGAAACUUUUCUUCUCUUUGUCAUCGCGAAAGAAAAAGACAGAAAGAUACUGCCUGAUCAUCUACGUAUUUAAUCCCUUUGGUGAUUCUCGUUAUAGUUUCUCCGUGAGUCUCGAAGUCUCCUCGAGUGUCUUGUCGAGAUGGGUUUAGAAAGUUCGAAUUUUUCGCGCGUAUUCCAGGAAUAUCCCGUGCAAUAGUCGUAGAUUUUAUACAGCUCGAUCGAGGUACCACGAUCGUCGUGGUACCAUUUCGUAGCGUUACUUGCAUUCACCGAGGUUCAUUGGGACGUUUCAAUUGCAACAGUGUCCGUUUCAGUUCCGAAAUCUCGAAAAGACACGCGAAGAGAGUAUAUUACGCGUCUUGCGACCGAAAACGUCACGUUUACUUCAUAGAGAGAGAAUGAGAGAGAGAGCGAGAGAGGUAAUGAGCGUGUGCGUG